AGCGGGGCGUGGCCACGGGAGGAAGAGCGGCGGAGGGCACCGGCAGGAGAGGGUGGUGACCUGAGCGGUUCUGGUGAUCACCGGCACCCAUGGCUCACAGCGCUAGGCAGCUGCCUGCUGGGAUGCUACAUGCUACAGGCAAAGCUCAGCAUGGAAACUUCCCGGUGGCAGUCAAGCAGGAGAAGGGAGAGCUGGCACGGACGAGCGGCGAGAAGCCACACGGCGAGGAGGAGCCGGUGAAGAAGAGGGGCUGGCCCAAGGGCAAGAAGAGGAAGAAGAUCCUUCCCAACGGCCCCAAGGCCCCCGUGACAGGCUAUGUGCGCUUCCUGAACGAGCGGCGCGAGCAGAUCCGCACACAGCAUCCUGACCUGCCCUUCCCGGAGAUCACAAAGAUGCUGGGGGCUGAGUGGAGCAAGCUGCAGCUUUCGGAGAAGCAGAGGUACCUGGAUGAAGCGGAGCGGGAGAAGCAGCAGUACAUGAAGGAGCUGAGGGAGUACCAGCAGUCGGAGGCCUACAAGAUGUGCACGGAGAAGAUCCAGGAGAAAAAGAUCAAAAAGGAGGACGCAGGCUCUGCAGCAGUGAACACCCUGCUGAACGGGCACCCCCACAAGGCUGGUGAGUGUAGCGACGCCUUCUCCACCUUUGACGUGCCCAUCUUCACAGAGGAGUUCUUGGACCAAAACAAGGCUCGGGAGGCUGAGCUGCGGCGCUUGCGGAAGAUGAACACCGAGUUCGAAGAGCAGAAUGCCAUCCUGCAGAAGCACACGGAGAGCAUGAACUGUGCCAAGGAGAAGCUGGAGCAGGAGCUGGCCCAGGAGGAGAGGCAGACCCUGGCCUUGCAGCAGCAGCUCCAGUCCGUGCGGCAGGCCCUCACUGCCAGCUUUGCCUCUCUCCCCAUCCCCGGCACUGGGGAAACCCCUACACUGAGCACCCUGGACUUCUACAUGGCCAAACUUCACAGUGCCAUCGAGAGCAACCCCCUGCAGCAUGAGAAGCUGGUGGUGCGCAUCAAGGAGAUCCUGUCCCGGAUAGCCAGCGAGCACCUGUGAAGAGGACCAGUCCCUCCCCACGCCCCACGGUGGCCGGACCCUGCCCUGUCCCUUGAGGCUCACGCAGGGGACAGUCUCUGCCGUUGGUCCGGCUGCUUCCUCCUCUACCCCGUGCACCUCACUGCAGAAGUGAGUUGAGAUUCCCCACCCAGCCCUGCUGCAGCUGGGCCCCACGGCCACACCAUCUCCAAGGACCUCAAACUUCUGAGGGUCAAGUGGUGACAGUGCUGAGAGACCCCAGCCAGCAAGGUGGCGAGCAGCAGCCAUGAACAUCCCUCCUCUCCUGUGAGCUCUGCCUCGUGAAACCAGAGCCUCUCCAAAGGCUCAUGAGGUCCCUGUGGGUUACUGGCCCAGAGUGAGUUGGCCUCUUCCACAGAGACUCCAGGGCUGCUGUUGCUUGGCCUGUGGUGGAAGGGAGGCAGCUGGGUGCCCUGAGGCUCAGCACUGCUUCCUGGCUGAGCGGGGGCUUAGCCCAGUCCACGUCCAGCAGUGAGUGAGGUGGGAGGCUUCCUUCUGCCUCUUGCAUUAUUUAAUCUUCCUGCUUCCCCGUGGGUGCCUUCAGCCCCCCCCACCUCUGUCACCCUGCUGUCCCUCCUUCUGCCAUGCCUCUGGGACUAAGCCGGGCAGCUCCUGCCCUCUGCAACUGGUGAAGGCAAAAAAAUUCCUCAUGCCAGAGGUGGAGCUGGGGUUAACCCCUUCCUGCCCAGGGCGGGCAGCCCGUGGGGCAGUGCACAGCCUUUGGGCCCCUGCCUCCCUGCCUAAGCCUGUACUGCGUCAUGGGACCACUGUGGUGGCAGCCAUGUCCUGGCUGUCCUGGGGUCGGCUGUCCCCAGGGAUGCCUAUCACUAAUCUCAGACUGUAAUUAGAGAAUGUCUUAUUUUCUUACUAGCACUACGUGGAGCUGGCCUUGGGUUUAACCCAAGGCCAGUGUGCAGCUGCUUGUCUCUUGCCUCUGAGGUCUGUGCUCUGUAGAUGAGUCUCCUGGUUACCAUCUCCUGUUGGCCCUUUGGCUUGGCGUAUUGAGAUGGGAGCGAAUAAAUGCGGGAGAAAAAAUGG